AUGGCGGGCUACAGCCGUAUCGGGCUUGUUUUCGAAGCGGCAGCGUCGAUGAAGCCUCCCGAAUUCAUCGUCACUCACAGCCAGUGUCACUGCCAGCUCCAGACUCACCCGUCGCUCUACUGGCGCCAAGGAAACAUCUACUGCCAGCGGGACUACUGCCGGUCAGUUGGACCAUCUCCCAUCCAACCUCCUACCAGGCAGCCAAUGAGAGGCCUUCUCGCCUGCCUGCAGAGACACCUGGGGCUUCUUGUUUACAGGUGUGCCAGGAUGCCGCCUGGGACGGCCGCUGAGGUGACAGGAGCAAGGACAAUCAUGACGUCACCGGGGGAAGGAGCCUGGGACCUGUUGUACGGCAGUCACCGCGGCGACAAGGUGGAGAGGGUGGAGCUGCACGGCAGUGCGACCGGGGCGGAGGAGAGCGCCGAGGGAGACGAUACUACAGCCUCCUGCACCCAGGAGCCGAUGAUGAUCUGCGCCGGCUGUGGCGAGCGAGUGUGCGACCGCUUCUUCCUGCUGGCGGCAGGCCGAGUGUGGCACGGCGUCUGCCUGUGCUGCAGCCAGUGUCACUGCCAGCUCCAGACUCACCCGUCGCUCUACUGGCGCCAAGGAAACAUCUACUGCCAGCGGGACUACUGCCGGCUGUUUGGAAUUGGACGAUGCGCUCGAUGCUCACAGCCCAUCCCAUCGUCCACCAUGGUGAUGAGAUCUGGCAGUCUGACCUUUCACCCCCAGUGCUUUUCCUGCCAGGAGUGUGAUGCCACACUGACGCCUGGGAGCCUGUAUUGCAUGCAAGGCCAGGACCUCUACUGUCAGUCACAUUACCAUGGCAACGGCAGUGCUCAGCCAUCCCACGAUCUUCACCCUAAACCAAAUUCAAGAGGGGAGGAGUCCCUCAGCAGCCCCGAGCCACGAUUGGACGACAGGGCGGCAGAGGGGCGGGUCCGCAGGCGGACCAAGCGAAUCAGGACAUGUUUCCGCAGCGAACAGCUUAGAGCGCUGGAGUCGUACUUCACCCAGAAACACAAUCCGGACGGCAAAGACUGGACCUGCCUUGCCCACAAGACCGGUCUGCCUAAGAGAGUCCUGCAGGUGUGGUUCCAGAAUGCUCGGGCCAAACUGAGGCGGUCCCUCUCGUCUGACGACUCCCCGAACGACUCGCCCUGUGCUCUUCAGGGAGCCGAAACCAUGGCAACCAACUCGACGCCCCCAACCUGCUUCCCCAGCCAAUCGCAGGCCUUCCACACCACCACCAUCGACCAUCUACAGCUCUCCUUAAUCACUGCCCCGCUCGGCAUACCGCCCCAAAGUCCAACCUUUGAGCAGUCACAAGAGCUAAAAGACUCCUUCUUCCUGGACUGUGUUUCCCAGGUUGCAUCGGGCAGUAGCUCCCUCCGGGAGGCCUAUGGGGAGUUUGGAGAGCCGGCGGGGGGAGCAGAGAGAGAUGAGGACUCUGACAUGGCUCUUAGGCCUUAUUACUGUUAG